GUGGACAGUGGGUCCGUGUGUGUUAAGCUCGCUGGCCGGAAAGGAAACAUCCUCGUCUAGACGGGCGUAAGAAAUUAUCAAGUCAGCAUUAUGAGCAGCGCCUAAGAGCUGCAAAUCAGCAGGUGACACAACGGCUCUCUUUAUCAGGUAAUAACUGAUAUCACAUUCCAAUUCUCUUUCGUACUUUGAGCACUACCCCCUCGCAACUUUUAAAUAUUUAAUUAAUUUAAACUAUCCAAACAAAAUGAACAAAAAGUAUUGAAUAUUUUUAUAUAUAACUUGGGUUGCUUAAUAAUCAUUUUAAUGAGGGAUUUAACUUCUAAGACCAUUUUCAAGUGUGUUUGCUGGUGUUACUAUAUGCUCUACAGCUGUAUGCCUCUAACUCGCCAGCGUUCCUCUCUUUUGCCUAUCGCUCUCACACUCUUUUCCCCUUUGUUUUGUAUUUAAGCGACGACAAGUGACCCACGAGUUCAGUCGUCUCUCUUAGCCGGUCGGGUUAUUGUGUGAACUAAUAAUAGUUAUACGUCUCGUAGUCAAACUAUUUGCUAUCUGAUAGUAUUAGAAACUAUCAGAUACUUUGCUUAAUCUACUGAAAGGUUCUAAAUAAGAAAAGUGACAAUAAUGCCGGAGGCCUACACGACCGCCACCGCUUGGCUGCAAAUCCAGAGCCUGCUGAACAGCAUAAACCACAUCCUAAUCUUCUUGGUGGCUGCAUUCUUCUUCGUCCUGGCGCGCAGCCUGGACUUCAAGGACACUGCCAUGCAUAUGUUCAUGACUGGUAUCGGAUUCCACGUCCUAAUCGCCCAGGCCAUGAUGUCACACAACAAAGUUAAUCCCGUCACUCGUUGGCUGUCACACCGCAACAAGUCGCGAUUCCAUGCCAUCCUUCAAAUCGUGGGCGGCUCUAUGGUUCUGUUGGGGGGAAUCGGAAAGUUCUCGAACAAGGAUGUGCACUUCAACACGUGGCACGGACGAGUAGGCGCGGCUGCCACCUUCGGAUGUGCGGCCAGCAUCGUCGGCGGCUUUGUUAACUAUUUCCAGCCAAAGUUCGCUUUAAAGUUCUUCCCUCCAUCGGAGCUGCGCUUCCGCCACAACUUGUUCGGUCUCCUCACCUUCAGCUUGGGCAUGGGAGCCAUCUAUCUAGGCUACUACUCCAAGUUCUUUACUAAGUUUGUUGACAAUGACUUUAUUCCAGCCAUGAUGCUGGUCACUGCGUUGGUGUAUGUGCUCACCAUCAUCUCACCAGUCCUCUCCCUGCUGACUAAGCUCAGGUAUAGGUCUAAGAAGAAGACGGAAAAGCAGGUCCAGUAGAUCAUCGGCAGGGGAACGAGGCAGACUAAUAGAACUUUGACAGUACAAAAAUAAAGAGCUUGGCGCCGCGCCAAAUAUAAA